AUGUCCGCCAGCGCUAAGGUGGAGGCGCCUGCCGCCGCCCCUGCUCCCCAGCUCUCCGGCCUCCAGCUGUACUCCAGAUUCGCCUUCGCUGGUGCUGUCUGCUGCUCCGUCACCCACGGUGCUCUCACUCCUGUCGAUGUCGUCAAGACCAGAAUCCAGCUUGACCCCGUCACCUACAACCGUGGUAUGAUCGGCGGUUUCCGUCAGGUCAUUGCCAACGAGGGUGCUGGCGCUCUCCUCACUGGUCUCGGUCCUACCGCCGCCGGUUACUUCCUCCAGGGUGCUUUCAAGUUCGGUGGUUACGAGUUCUUCAAGCAGCAGUGGAUCAACCAGCUCGGUCUCGAGACUGCCUCCAACAACCGCACCGCUGUCUACCUUGCUUCCUCCGCUGCCGCUGAGUUCUUCGCUGACAUCGCUCUCUGCCCUCUUGAGGCCACCCGUAUCCGUCUCGUCUCCCAGCCCACUUUUGCUACCGGUCUCGUGAGCGGUUUCGGUAAGAUCCUCAAGAACGAGGGUGUCGGUGCUUUCUACUCUGGUUUCGGUCCUAUUCUCUUCAAGCAGGUUCCCUACACCAUGGCCAAGUUCGUCGUUUUCGAGAAGGCUGCUGAGGCUAUCUACGGUAUGGUCGACAAGAACACCGCCAGCGAUGGUACCAAGACUGCUAUCAACCUUGGCUCCGGUCUCAUUGCUGGUUUCGCUGCUGCCCUUGUCUCCCAGCCCGCCGACACCAUGCUCUCCAAGAUCAACAAGACCCCUGGUGAGCCCGGUGAGGGUACCGUCUCCCGUCUGAUCAAGAUCGGUAAGGAGCUCGGCUUCCGUGGCUCCUACGCCGGUAUCGGUGCUCGUCUGUUCAUGGUUGGUACCUUGACUGCUGGUCAGUUCGCCAUCUACGGUGACAUCAAGCGUGUCCUCGGUGCCACCGGUGGUGUUGAGAUCUCCAAAUAG